AUGUUUUCCUCAUCACAUGAUUAUCAUUUAGUCAUCCAGGAGAUUUCUCCUCAAGUGAUUGUCACCAGUGCAAAACAGGAGCGCUGUAUGACCCGCUUCCUGCUUCAGCUGGGUUCAAACCUGGAUUACAAGCCAGAGGUGGUUACCUAUCCAUAUGUUGACUUUGGUCUGGAACUCAGCAAGCAGAGAUUACUUUCAGUCCAUCUGCCUUUUCUUCCUGCCUCCAUUUCAGAGACAGAGAAGUUGGCGUACCUCUCCUCCUGUAUCUCAUUUGACUCUCCACUAAUGCUGAGGGCACUUGGAGCUCUUUUAAAAUGUCUGGACAGGAGAAGAGUGGGAGUUGAGCUGGAAGACAGCAGUAUUGGCGUUCCUAUCCUGCAAUUUCAUGUCUACACACUUAAGGAUGUUGUGUACAUUGAUAAAGAGGCAUACAGUGUCCUGCAGAUCUUUAAAUCAGAGCUCCACCCGUCGGUGUACAAGCUUCAUUCGGGCGAAAAAGAAGGAUUUAGUCUCUAUGGAAUUCUAAACUGCUGUAGGUCCAAGUAUGGCUCCAAACUUCUACGUCAGUGGUUUCUGCGCCCAACCGUGAACCUCGCUGUGUUACACCGGAGACAGGAAGUUAUCCACUUCUUUGCACAACCUCGGAAUUCAGACUCCUUGAGCACCCUGCAGUCGUCGCUACGUAACAUCAGAAACAUCCCAACGCUUCUACGCAGGAUGUCUCUCUCACACACAAAAGUAACAGACUGGCAGAAUCUCUAUAAGACCGUGUUCAGUGCUGUGUGUAUUAGAGACAUGGUGCGUCACCUGCCUCAGUCCAUUCAUGUUUUCCGGGACAUCAGUGAAGGCUUCUCUGAUGACCUCCACCACAUCGCCUCCCUCAUCAGCCGCGUGGUGGACUUCGAAACCAGUGCAGCCGAGAAAUGUCUGUCCAUCAAACCAAAUGUAGAUCCCGCAAUUGAUGAGAAGAAAAGGCAGAUGGCAGGCUUGUCGGACUUCCUGACUGAUGUUGCGAGAAGAGAGCUGGAACACCUGGAUACCAGCAUCCCCUCCUGCUGUGUCAUCUACCUACCUCUGAUUGGGUUUUUGCUGUCCAUUCCUCGGUUGCCUAGCAUGGUGGAGAAAGAAGACUUUGAGUUAGAGGGGCUUGAUUUCAUGUUUCUUUCAGAAGAUCGCCUGCACUAUCGCAGCCAAAGGACCAAGGAGCUUGACAAUCUUCUGGGGGAUUUGCACUGCGACAUUAAAGACAUGGAGACGGCAAUUAUGACCCAGCUGCAGAACGCCAUCCUGGAAAGGAGUGCCGCCCUGUAUAAGGUUAUGAAUCUGGCCGCUGAGCUGGACUGUCUGAUGGCGUUGAGUAAAGCGUCCCAGGAGCACGGCUACACCUCACCCAAGCUUGUCAACCAACGGAAAAUCCAAAUCACUCAGGGCAGACACCCACUUUUAGAGCUGUGCUCUCCUAUGUUUGUGGCCAACUCGUUUGAGAGCUGGGAGUUGCAGGGUAGAGUCAAAAUUAUUACUGGACCCAACUCAUCCGGAAAGAGCAUCUACCUCAAGCAGGUGGGUCUGAUUGUGUUCAUGGCUCUGAUUGGCUCUGACGUGCCUGCAAAGGAGGCGGAGAUCGGCCUGGUAGAUGGAAUAUAUACCUGCUUGCAGGGCAGAGAGUCUGUGUCUGUAGGUCUAAGCACCUUCAUGGUUGACCUUAACCAGACAUCCAAGACACUGAACCGUAGCACGGGCAACUCAUUAGUCCUCAUUGAUGAAUUUGGAAAAGGAACAAACACUGUGGAUGGCUUGUCCUUGCUGGCCGCAUCCAUCGCUCACUGGCUGAGAAAACCUCCAGCGGAUGUUCCUCAUGUCUUGCUGGCUACUAACUUUCACAGUUUGCUGCAGCUGGGCAUCUUACCCACUUCCAGCCUCUUAUGUCCUCUGACUCUGGAGACAGCAGUGGACGGGGAGGAUUUGGUGUUUCUGUACCAACUGAAGGAAGGCAUCUGUCAGUCUAGUUAUGCUGCCAACGUGGCGAGACUGGCCGGCCUGCCUGCCAACCUUGUACGGAGAGGGGUGGAGGUUUCUGAGCUCUACAGGACAGGAAGACCCAUUCAACGCGUGGACCAUGUGUCAUCAGAUGAGCAGGCAAACAGGUGCAGGACUGUGGUGGAGAAAUUUUUGAGCCUGGAUCUGGAAGAUGACAACGUUGACGUGCAGAGAUUUAUGAAAGAGGAGGUUCUGCCCUCUGCUGGACAGUUGCUGUACAACUGAACUGUCCUGCGUCACCACAAAGCUUACAAAUUUGAGACACAAAUUCUGACGCUUUCGUAGUUACCAAUAUUGGUCUCAUGGUUCGUUCUUCUAAAAACAAUACUUUAAUAUCUUCAAUUCAAGAGUUAAAUGGUAAAAAAAUUUCAGCAAAGUUGUGCUUCCAGAUUUAUUUUGUAGCAGACCAUGCCAAAGCCUGAGCAACUGAUGAUUUGUCAUCUUCACCAUGUGGGUGUAGUCCUUUUUUUUUUUUUUACAUUAGCAGCACACAGUGAAUAAACGUUGGCUUCUGUCAGUGUGUGGAGGCCCCUGCAAUGCGCCAGGACAUCAUGAACGCCACAGUGAUGCAUAAAAGUGUCUCAGCCUGAAGUUUCAACACCGAGUUGCAGAAGGGGGUGUCACAGCAAUGUUUGGUCAUGACAAAGACGGUGUUGUUAGAGAAGAGCUCCACAGUGGUCUCCAUGUUACACUCCUCUGCUUUCACACAGCCCAACGUCUUUACAUCCAGGACGUCAGCUGAGUGGGGUGAAAGUGUUAUGAAACAUGACAUGAUUUCUUACAACACGCACUAAAACGACCAAUAGGCAACGCACCCGCCUUCCCACGGCCUGUGAAGCAGCGCUCCCCACGGCUGCAGUUCAUUUCGGUGGUGUAGCAGACAUCCCAGAAGCCCAGGUCGCAGCGGAAGCACUGCAGAAGCUCCUCUUCUUCCUCAAGUCCUUUUACAUCCAUAACCUGCUCCAAAUACUCUUCUUCUUCACCUGUGCCAAUACAGGUACUAAUUACUUACUUUCACAAACACAAUUUCACAAUGACAUAAUAUUGUGGCCAGAUUGGGUUCAAUUCAGUUUUAAGUUUACUUUGAACAUUAUUAUUUUGAACAUGCAUACAAUACAAUUACAAUGUAGAGAAUCACAUAUUUCCAGAUGUUUCAUCACAGCAUGUCAGUAAAGGAGUAGGAAGAAGCAGAGCUUGUUUAAUGCUACCCAUUUUCAUAUCAUAGCGGUUUUAUCGCCCCCUACUUUGAGGCAGAGGUACUUGCUGCCCAGUGAUGUGCGGUGAAGUAAACACCAGGUGAGGCAUACAUACUUUUUAUUUAUUUUUUUUGACUUAAAUUCAUACAGUAUGUGCAGCUCUAGUCAUUGUUGAUUCAGAUUGCACAUUAGAGUUACAGGAAAAAAAAGGGAGUUAUUCGCUUUCAUAAAAACGUUAUCAUAGUGAUAUUAUGAUAUGAUAAAUGGGUCCAAAAACUGUUUGAUAAAGUUGUUAUUAAAUACUUUUGGUCCGAUUUGCUUUUAACAAAAUAAAUCAAGUAUUUUGAGUGUAUAUUACCUUUCUGUAUUCGUAUCUGCAGCAGCAAUAGCUAUCCUCCAUGAAAACGUACUUUGUAUGAUCGCAUUCUGUGAACGGCUUCCUUUCGCCAUCGUGUGGGUUGCAUGGACCAUCAAUGAAAGACAUCGCUGAGCAGGCUUGACUCUCGUUUAUUGUUUCAAUAAACCAUUCUGGGUCCCAGUCGGUCGCGCCGAUUUCCAGCGCUUCCUCCUCUGCUGCUCGACUUGGCUGGCCUUUCGGUCGCCGGUGACUCCGUCUUCCUCGGGGGCUCAUCUUCCGUCUCGGCUCGCUCGUCUUGUUUGUCUGGUGGUUCUCCUCCUUCUUCUGCCCCGAUUGCUCCUCCUUCUCCCCGUUUUUACAGCAGGAAGAGAUGCACAGAUUGAGAGCAGGUGUGUGAAUUACGCACCUGGUUCUGAUCGCUGCAGCAGCACUCAAGGCGCGCCCCGCAUCUCCGUUCCGCCGCAUACUCCGCCUCCUGGCCGCCAUCUUGGGUAGGACCAUGAUUUGUCCUAUCCCGCUGUCGGCCCGUCGGCUCCGCCUCUCCACAGUUCCAGCGCUUCCUCCUCUGCUGCUCGACUCGGCUGGCCUUUCGGUCGCUGGUGACUCCGUCUU